AUGUCACAAGAUCCAGGCAACGAGAAUAUUGCUGGCGCUGCCACUUGCCAACCAUCAACAUCCAGACUAAAGUCUCCGCCUACAUACGCAGAAUUACGCCCUUUUAGACCUCAAAAUCAGGAUUAUGCAAACAGAGAGACCUCUGGGUUCCCGGGUUUAUCAAAUCCGUAUGCAGGGGAAGUAUCGGGAAUCCUAACGCCGGAGACGAGCAUGUCAUCGCACUACACGACAACUCCUGAGGUAAUGACUCCCAGCAAUCGCGAACAGCCGAGGACAAACCUCAUCCUCACGAUUAUUCUGGAAUGUAAGGAGGAAAUCAGUCAUCUGCGUCGUUCCCAAGAUAUCUCUUCGCCUAUCACAGAUGUACAAGAGUUCAAAUACGAAAAUCUUGCCGGAAAUCAUAUAUUGAGCUAUCAGAAACCAUUUAAGGAGGUGAAUUUAAAUGAAGCCCUCUGUCACUACACUGCUCCGAAACGAUCGGCGGGUUGCGCAGUUAAACAAGUUACGGAUUUUCUGCGAAACAUCUCCAAAGAGAUUUGUGAUCCGCCAUACGAAAUAUGGGAUUACACCUACCGUGCCACAAAUUCUCCCCGAGGAGAUAACAGUUUGAUUAAUUUGCCGGAAGGCAUCAGUCGCACCAUUACAGAGUUCAUAAUUGAUGCCGUAGGCCUAUCCCAUCCUUAUACUUACAGUGGAAAACUUGCAAGCCUGAGAAAUUCCCAGGAAAGGUUCUGGAAGGCCCUUGGCGACGCCGAAGAGAAUAAAGAAAAACAUUUCAAGCAACUCUUAAGGCGAAGACGACCUGACUCAGUGUAUCUCAUCGUCAGUGCGGUUGCACAUCACCACUAUCAGCAUUAUAAAUUGAGGUUCAACUACAAAAUUUCAUACUGCACCAACUCAGGACAGAAAGGAUUAUCCAAGAAGGUCAAAAUAAACGUCUACUCAAAUCUAGCAGUUGCUCGUGCGGUUGCACUAUGUAACCAUCGACCUGUCUCUUUGAAAUCCAUCGUAAGUUCUCUCAUCAUCAUUAUUGUCGGCGGAAAAGCAGCGUUUCCUGUGCGCUAUUUGGCCGAUACAGCAGCAAUGGAAAACGCUCCCAGAACACCAGUGGAUUUGAAUGUGAUUCUAAAGCAAAUGGAUACUCAGUACAGUGACCAGAUGGAACCGGAGUUGCUGGAAUUAUGCCGCGAGUUUCGUGAAGCAAGAGAAUUGAUGGAGAAGAACAUCAGUAGCCCCGACUUUGCUCUGCAAAUGACGGAAGAAAACAAGGAAGAGUACAUGAUCGCGGACCGCUGUGUAUCGCGUAACAUGAAGAAAAUAGUUCGACUUAAGUUUCGCCUGCGGAAGCCGAAGAUUCUUCUCGCCACCGUUGCUUCCAUACUGAACACAACAGCUUCUAAAGGGCUUCUCAAAAUGCACGUUUAUCCGUUCAAAGCAUGGAACACUCUGGAAAAAGCCGAACAUGAACGUGAACUAGCACUGAAGGAAGAGUUGAUUCGUCAAGAGAAACUCAAACAGUUGGCUGCAAACAAGAAGCGCGAAGCUAUCGAAACCGACAUCUUUGCUUACGAAGAGCGUGUUCAGGCAGUUGUUGCUUUGCAGAUCUUACUCAAUUCUUUGGAAGAGCUUGAAGCUGUGAACUUCUAUGGAAUCGAGGAGAUCAACCGGAAAGAGAAUCUGCUCAAGCUGUGGAAUUACCUUUUCCAGCUCCUUCUUGCUCAUCGUGUUGUCUCGAACUUUCGAUGGCUAUUCAACGCAUUUUCCAUGGGAUGCUUCUUACCCUUGAUCUCAUGGACGACAUCAAGAGAUUGGAGAAUAGCUCUGUUCGGUCACUUGUUUGAACUCCCCCCUGAAGUCCUCGAAUUUGUUCCAUGCACUCCGCUGAAUAAAGGACCCAAACUCCACCAACCACAGUCGUGCUAAACUGGUUAGGCCUAAUCAUGCGCUCAUUUGAAUACUAAACUCUAUCAUAUGUACGGUUGCCGCACUACAUUCAAACGUUCUCAAGCAAUUUUGAUGUUUUUGGGAAUCUCCUGCUUUUGUCUUUUUUCAACGUGUUAUAGCUGUUUGACAUAUGCCUCAGUUUGAUAUUUUGUUUUCAAAUGUCUUUGUUUGCAUUCAUUGCCACUUUUGAUCAGGUUGCUUACUUGCUCUAUCGCAUAUCCUUUCCUCUUCUCUCCUUUUAUUCCUAGUCAUGAUAUUUUGUAGCUCAUGACACUGAGU